UUCAGAGUCAUUGCAUUCUAACACUCUGGAAGCCUGGGAGAGGGAUGACUAAGGAAGUCCAAUGAUGUUGAGCCCUACUUUUAUUCUGUGGGAUAUGGGAUACCCAUUAUAUACUUAUGGAUCUCUAUUCAUUAUUGCAUUAUUUAUUUGGCAUAUUAAAAGGAGCCAUCAAGGAUUAAGGUUGGGACCUAACAAGAGCUGUUACAAGUGUUACAGAAGAGUGAAACAAAGACCUAGAGACAGAACACCAAAAGUUAAGAGAACGUCCAAGGAAGAAGCCGAGAAGCUGCAGAAGCUGCUCUCUGUCAUGAAAAGCCAGGGCUGGCUUCCUCAGGAAGGGAGUGUCCGGCGCCUCCUGUGCUCAGAGCCUUCCUGCUCAAUUUGCAAUGCUAUGGCUAAGGAAAUUCAGCAGUUGCUGGGGAUAGAAAACAACAUGGCCUCUCCCGGCUCACUGAGAGCCUCACAGAGCUUCCUGAGCCUGGAGGCCUUGCCUCCCUCGAAAGCGGAGCUGGACAAGAGCCCAGAGCUCUGUCCCCAGCACUCCAGAGAUGUUUCACAGGCAUCCAGCCUCACGCCGUCACAAUCAACCGACCAGAAAUCUUCAACUCAGUCAGCUGCCCCAUCAACGGGUGAUUCCAACGUGCAAUAUUACUGUCCUGCUCCUCCGCCAAAGCAGGAGCCUCAAGGGCCAAACGUGUCCCGGGAUGCGGGCUCUCUGUCUUCUUCAAGUGUGGAAGAACCCGGGGUUCCUGCAAACCAGCAAAAGAGGAGGAAGAAAACCAAGAAAUUUGUCUUGAAGGACCAAGCACCCCCAGAAGCUGAUUCGGAAAAUAAGAUGACGUUCUUUUCACACUGGGUCAACCCUGAGGUGAAAUGCGACAGGUUGGAGGAACCCUUUGUCCUGUCUAAGUCUGAAACAGAGGCCGAACCCAAGAUUAAGGAGCCAGAGACGAGUCAUACUCCCGUCAGAGCCAACACAGAGAAGACUACAAAAGACCCAAAGGCCAAGGCUCUCAGUGCCAAGAAGAACAUUUGACUUUCCUCGAUUCCUACAGUGCCUGCACAGCUCCAGCGAAACCCACAUCAGCCCAACCAACCCUGGGCCUCAUGGUUACUUCCACAGCUGCUUCAAAAAUUGCCCACCAUUGAUUUGUAUCACCCAGCUCGGAAACCACCGUCAGAUCUCCUCUCAGCAGAAGGCACUGGUCAGCACAGACAAGAUAACCAUUUCAAGCCACAACGCUCUGCACCUUCCCCAGCAAAGGCUGUCAACCAUCAUCUCCACGGCCACGCAAGUGAGGCGUGGUAUUCUCCAAAUACACUCUGUACCUAUGA